UCUGCAACAUAGAAGAAGAGCAGAGAUAUAUACAUAGAGAGAGAGAGAGAGAGAGAGCAGGAAGUUUAGAGAAGAGUAGAGAGAGAGAGAGAGGGAGGGAGGCGCAUGGCUUGCAUCGACAUGUUCAGCUCGGAUCAUCAGGGUGGGCUGUGCCCCAGGAUCUCCUUCUCCAAUGACUUUGCGGAUGUGACCGCCGCCUCGUCCCAGCUGGAAUCAGGGGUGCCGCCACCACUGCGGCCGCCUGCAGUAGGCGACUCAGAUUUCGAGUUCUCAUCUCUCGGGGGUGGUGGCUGCGGAAUGGUGACAGCUGACGAGAUAUUCUGCCAGGGGAGGCUGAGACCGUCUUCUUUGAAGCCGAGAAGAAUCGCUACUUUGAGGGAGGAGCUGGAGACUGCCGAGGAAGAAGAAGAGGAAGAGAGGCGGACUUCAAAGGUGAGGUGGAGAGGCUUGCUGGGAUUGAAGAAAGGGGAGAAAAAGGUGCAGAGAGAGGUUGGAGGAGGCUGGUUUCAAUGUGUGGACGAGAAGAUCGAAGGUGCCGGCUCGUUUCAGUGGGAUUCAAGGGGUGUGCACCAAAGGCAACAGCUAUGGGCAUCUUCAAUUGAAGCCAUCCCACAAGAAAACAAGGAGAAAGAAGAAGAGGAUGAGGAACAAGGAGGAAAAGCAAUGUAGAGUGUUUUCAUCUCUCUUUAUGGGUGUAGAGAAAUUGACUUGCUGAUCACCUUUUCUAGUUUUUAAGGUGUGGGUGUUUUAAGAAGGAUUUAUUUUUCUUUGUGGGUUUUAAUGGUGGUGUGAUGUGGGAUUCUUUUUCUUUUUCUUUUUCUUCUUCACUUUGCUUAUUUGAUGGAAUGACCAUGUCAAGGAAGGAUCCAUACGAAGCCGAUGACAUAUGUAAAGCAAGGAAGGUUGUCGUUUUGCAUCAUAUGUGUCCCACCCAUGUGGAACGCAUAUUGUUUUUUAACUCUCUGUUAUCAGGAUUAAGCUGUC